AGUGGGGCAUUGAGCGCAGGCGCGGAGCGCUCUAGUGGGUGAGCUGAGGAGGGGGCGGGCGGCGGAGGAACGCCCCCAUCGGAGCGGAGCGGACCGCUGGAGCUGGAACCCAAGCCCCGCGGAUGUGCGGAGGACUCUCCGCUUUCGCCAUGGAGUACGUGUGGGAGGAGGUGACCCUCACCUUUUCCCGGGUCCCCAUGUUCCCUUUCUUCGAUAUCGCCCACUACCUGGUGUCUGUGAUGACACUGAGGCAGCAGCACGGAGCUCUUGCAGUGGCAUGGCAGAAUCCUUUAGUAAGCUGGUUUAGUGCUAUGAUGUACUGCUUUGGAGGGGGAAUUUUGUCUGCUAUUUUGCUUGGAGAGGCUCCAGUAAAAUUCCUUGAAAAUAACACAAAUGUCUUAUUGGCAUCUUCAAUCUGGUAUAUUGUAUUUUAUUGCCCAUAUGACAUAGUUUCCGAGUGCUAUCGUUUCCCGCCUGUUAAACUCUUGGCUACAGGAAUGAAGGAAGUGACCAGAACUUGGAAAAUCGUAGGUGGAAUCACACAUGCUAGUAGCAAUUACACAGAUGCCUGGAUGGUGUUGAUAGCUGUUGGAUGGGCCCGAGGUGCUGGUAGUAAUGCAAUCAUAAAUCUGGAGCAGUUUCUAAGAGGGACUUGGAAACCUGAAACGAGCAAAUCGCUGAAGAUGUCCUACCCUGUGAAGAUAAGUCUGGUGGGAGCAGUUCUCUUCACAUUACAGCACGCAGGGAAGCUGCCAAUGGAAAAACAUAGUCUUAUGUUCUGCUACACUUUUUUUAUUGUUGUCACGAAGAUAGCCAUGAUGCUUACUGAGUCUGAGUCUUCUCCCCUCACUCCUUUUGAGAUUAUGCUGGGUCGAAUGCUGUUUGGCUUUUGGCAGAGCGAUACUUCAUCAGUACCGUGUAAAUCAUCUUUCAAUGGUACAGGCACAAGGUCACAACACUAUUCAACUAAUGUUGAAACUAAGAGGAGACAUAAUAAGAAGACAGAAUAAAUUCACUUGGCAAGCGCUGGGUUGCCAAAAAUAUUUUCUUACUUGUUUACCUCGCAAAUUGUGAUAAAUAUUUCUGUUGCAAAUGAUGUGAAGAAAGGAUGAUAUGUAAGGAAAUGCAGGUGACAAAAAGUAUUGCCUUCUGCUUGAGAGGGCUACUAUUAACCCUUUAAAAGAGGCAAUGUAGAGUGUAAUUUCUUGUAUCAUGUAAGAAUGUUUUUUUGAGUUAAAUGUAAAAGAUUCUAUUGUGAUCAUUUUUAAUAGUUUUAUAUUGAUGAAAUAAGGCUAACAUUUUUACAAGUGCUAGGAAAAUAAACCUAAAAGGUAGUUACAAAAUAACAAAAAAAGUUUUCACUUUCCUUAGCGUUUUUCAUGUACCAUUUUUAUUUGUAUAUGAAAUAUACCUCCAAUUUGCACUGCUAAUUACCUUCUAUAAUUUAAAGGUGUGGAAGCUUGCCAGUCAUUUAAUUGGAGCAAUGAAGGGGGAGAAUAAAACUUUACUAAGGUAUUUCACAUUAUGAGUUGAAACUAUAUUACCAGUUUGUUUCAGGUACAUUUUUCUAUCUCUUGUCCAUAAAAUGUAUCUAAAAUUUUAGGUAAUUAUAUUAUUGACACUGGAUAUUAGUGAUGUGGAGUCCCUAGCUAAAACCUACCUUUUGUUUAAAAGAAAAAAAAACAAACUUUUUUUUUCUUCCAAAAUAAAUCAGGGAUUUUUUCAUUAAUUAUUGAUCUCAUAUUUUCCAUUCUAAGAAUUUGUCCCUUCUUUUCUUUCACAAAGUACAUUUGUACUGUCUGUAGGAGAAAUCAUUAAUUGUUAUCAACAUUUCACAUAACUGAGGACAAAGAAAGGCUAAAGAAUUUAAGCUGAAUACAUUGUGGUAGUUGUCAUUUUAAAGGAGUUAUCCCAAUCCUUAAGUACAUCAUAUUUUUAAAAUAGCAAUUUAAAAAAUCCCUUUUGGAUAUCCUUUUCUGUUGUGGCUUUUUUUUUAGGUGAAUAUUCCUUACUACCUGUUUCCAAAACCAGUUUUCAUGAGUCUAAUGUUUAUAAUAUGCAGGUAAAUAUAUCAUUUAAAUUAAAAUGAAUUGCCUCCAUGUGAAAAUGUAGCAUGUCCCUCUCCAGAUGUCAAUUUUUUUUUAAGUAACUCUUAGAUUUUGGGUUAUGACCAAAUACCCAAACAAAAACAAUAAAAACACAUAGUAAUCCAUUUGAACACAGAAUAAUGGCAUUAAAUCUAAUUCCUUUUUGGCAAAAAAAAUUUUUUUGAAGUAAUGUUAGAUUUACAUGCUUUAUAUUGCAGUUUCAAGUGCUAGUUAACACUUUGAGGCUUACUGAUACGGUUUCAUGUCCCCAGACUGUGGACCUAUUGCUGUUGGAGGAUUAACAAGUACUGGGCAUUUUUGGAUAGCUCAGAAACAUUAAAAUUCCAUCCAAGUAACUGGUUUACAGAUAGCCAGAAUGUUUUAUUAUCAAGAUAUAAUCAACACUACAGGUUCUAUGAUUUGAACACUUGCAAAAGAACAACACAGAUUUUUGAUAUGCAUGAAAUGAUAAGUAUAUUUUUAGUAUUUUUUAUUUUAAAAAAGCAUUGAAUAAGAGUCUUGUAUAACAUUUGAUACUCUUAGUGUUUUAACAUUUCAUAGUAAUACAAGAGAUCUAAAUGUCAGGCUAAAUAUUACCUGGUCAUUUUUACACCAAGUUUAUGUGUGACAAAGUGUUAAAAACUAUUCUUGAAGUUUGCAGAAUUACUGUAGCUGAAACAGACAGUGUGCUGUUUUAUGUUUGUAUUAGAUACAUACUUUUUAACAUUAAAGUAAUUUAUUCAUCACUUA